CGAGAAGACGACACUUAAAUCAGUUGAUCAUUGCAGUUGGCCUCAAAUUCAAGGAGCAUCAGAUGUUUUAAAACCUGAAGAAAUAUUAGGCAGCACUCCUCACUGCAGCAGCAGGGAGUCCUAGGGCAGACAACCCAGUGAACUGGUGUUAAUUACCUCCCUUUUUUUACAACAACUGUCCGGCUGAGUCCCAACCACCAAACUGGAACAUGAGUGGUGUACCUGGAAGUAUACAAGAUGAACAGGCGAUGUCCUUACAUCAGAAAAAAUUAGACAAGGAGCGGAGAAGAAUUGAUGAACAAAAUAGAAGGAAGAGAGCGACUAACAACAUGGGCCUUCUCCAGCCCAACACUGAUAGUCGCCCUAACUCAGGUGGUCAUCGCCGGCGUGGAGAGGAAACGCGACCGCUGGUCAAAGAAUCAUCUAAACCGUCCACACCAACAAACUUUGAAUACCUCGGCCCAGCAGCUAAUGACGACAUAGACGACAUGGCAAGGUUGUCUCCUCAGGAUCAACGAACCAUGACAGUGCUCAACGUGACCACCGACAGCCACAGUGAUGACAGCGACAGUAUACCAGAGAUUGCUUCCCCUCUAGAAGAUAAUGUAACUCCAAAGAAAUCAAAGAACAAGAAAGAUAAAAAACAAAAGAAUGCCCAUCAAGCAGCAUUAGCCGCAGAACGAAGUACUGGGGACAGAGCUGACCGAGGAGAUCGAGGCGGAAAUGUCAUGUCCAUGAGUCCAAACAUGGGGGACGACGAUGUAGAGGAUGUGGAUGAUAGCAGUGCCCCCAUAGUACCCCAGCAAGUUGCACAAGGCAAAUCACCUGCUGGGAGGAAUGGCAAAGAGGAUUAUAAUUCUGGAGGGAAUGAUUUGGAUGACGAUGGGGAUGAGGUUCAAGGGGCGAUGGGCCGAACUCUCACUCCAGACAUCACAGAGAACCUCGACUCAUUUGUGUUCAAACCAGCCCCACAGGGCCAGACGGUAAAAUGUCGCAUCACCAGGGACAAGAAGGGUGUGGACCGUGGGAUCUAUCCCACCUACUAUCUACAUGUAGAGAGGGAGGAUGGAAAAAAGAUAUUUUUAUUAGCGGGAAGAAAAAGGAAGAAGAGUAAGACGUCUAACUACCUGAUAUCUACCGAUCCAACAGAUCUGUCACGAGGCGGGGAGGCCUAUGUUGGAAAGCUGAGGUCCAAUCUCUUGGGAACUCAUUUUACCCUUUUUGACAAUGGAGACAACCCAAAACAGAACUAUGAGAAUGCAAGGAAGGAACUGAUUGGAGUUGUCUAUGAAACCAAUGUGCUGGGAUUUAAAGGACCGAGAAAGAUGACCAUUAUCAUCCCUGGUAUGAAUCUUGACCAUGAGCGUGUAGACAUCAAACCACGAUCAGAUAAUGAUGGCCUUAUAGACCGAUGGAAGAGGAAGAACAUGGAGAACAUUCUGGAGUUACAUAACAAAACUCCAGUGUGGAAUGACGAAACACAAUCCUAUGUGUUGAACUUUCAUGGGCGAGUAACACAAGCAUCGGUGAAAAAUUUCCAGAUUGUCCAUGAUAACGAUGUGGAUUACAUUGUGAUGCAAUUUGGUCGUGUGGCAGAGGAUGUGUUUACUUUGGAUUUUAAUUACCCCUUGUGCGCAGUACAGGCCUUUGGCAUCGCCCUUUCUAGUUUUGACAGUAAAUUAGCGUGUGAGUGA